AAAAGUCGGUGUAUAUUCACGAUCAUGAAUGCUCGGCAGCAAAUCACGUCAAUCAAUCACGCACGCGUUUCUUGAUCUUUCAAAACUAGAAGGACUACGCUUGUAGCACGCACUGACUUUCUACACUUGCGCAGUCUCCCCCGUCCCCUUUUCUUUCUCCCUCCUCUCCUUUUCCAGCACUCUCUCUCUCUCUCACUCUCCCUGUGGCUGUUGGAUUCAAUCGGAUCGUUUUCUAAGUCUGCGUCCGAAAGUUAUUGGAUCAUCCGCCGGUAUAAUAAUUUGGUUGACGAAACUUUUCUUCCAAGUCUCGGGGAAGGUUCUGAUAAUUUUGCUAUGCGGGGACGUUAUGUUGAUGCAGCCUCGAUGUACAAACGUGGAGCAUCGAGGGACUAUAUAAAUGCUAAUGACAAAGAGGAAAGUUCAGCUUUAGUACAUUUUCUGAAUGGCAAAGAUGUUGGAAACCCUCCAUGGAGGCGCUCUUUGCCACAUGUCCUUGUGGCAACUCUUUCUUCAUUCCUAUUUGGCUACCAUCUUGGAGUGGUCAAUGAGACUCUGGAAAGCAUCUCUUUAGACCUUGGCUUUAUUGGGAACACUUUGGCUGAAGGUCUAGUGGUGAGUACCUGUUUAGGAGGCGCCUUUAUUGGAUGUCUAUUCAUUGGUUGGAUUGCAGAUGGGGUCGGGCAUCGACGGGCAUUUCAACUUUGUGCUCUGCCAAUGAUAAUUGGUGCGUCCAUGAGCGCAACAACGAAAAGUCUAUGGGGUAUGCUUCUGGGGAGGUUAUUUGUUGGGACGGGGAUGGGUCUUGGUCCACCUGUUGCAGCUCUCUAUGUGGCAGAGGUGUCACCGGCUUUUGUAAGGGGUACUUUUGGGAGCUUCACGCAAAUUGCUACAUGUCUAGGACUUAUGGCAGCUCUUUUUAUCGGAAUCCCAGCCAAGGAAAUUGUUGGUUGGUGGCGAAUGUGUUUCUGGGUAUCCACCGUUCCUGCUGCAGUACUUGCUCUUUCCAUGGAGUUCUGUACAGAGUCUCCACACUGGCUUUUCAAGAGAGGAAGAGGUGUUGAAGCUGAAGUUGUGUUUGAGAAACUUCUAGGAGGAUUACAUGUCAAGUCUGCAAUGGCAGAAUUGUCAAGGUCAGACAGGGGAGAUGAUAAGGAUACCGUAAAGCUGUCCGAGUUGUUUAAUGGCCGCCAUUUCAAAGUGGUUUUCAUUGGCUCUACCCUUUUUGCUUUACAACAGCUAUCUGGCAUAAAUGCUGUAUUUUAUUUCUCUUCAACUGUCUUCAAGAGCUUCGGUGUACCUUCAGAUCUUGCGAACAUAUGUGUGGGGAUUGCAAACUUGCUUGGGUCACUAAUUGCAACGAUCUUGAUGGAUAAACUUGGAAGGAAGGUACUCCUUCUUGGAAGUUUUUCAGGCAUGGCAGUGUCAAUGGGACUUGAAGUAAUUGCGGCAAGUUCGUUUGCAUCAGGCUCUGGAGUAUUGUAUCUAUCUGUUGGUGGCAUGCUGCUAUUUGUCUUGACGUUUGCUCUUGGUGCUGGUCCAGUCCCUGGUCUCCUCCUUUCAGAAAUAUUUCCCAGCCGGAUUAGGGCUAAUGCAAUGGCAUUUUGCAUGGCUGUGCAUUGGGUGAUAAAUUUCUUUGUUGGUCUAUUGUUUUUGCGCUUACUGGAGCAAAUAGGGGCACAAGUAUUGUAUACGAUCUUUGGUGCCUUUUGUCUGCUGGCUGUGUUUUUUGUGAAGAGCAAUGUUUUGGAAACGAAAGGAAAAUCACUCCAAGAAAUUGAAAUUGCGCUUCUUCCACUCGAGUAAAGUACACCUGAAAGACCCGAAGUGUCCAUCCUCAAAUCGAAUAAUUCAGCUUCCUGUCAAUCUUGUUAAAAAAUCACGACUCUUUCUUUCAGCCGAGUGUAUAAUAAGCUCUCAUCACUUUCUGAGAUGUACCAAAUCCAAAACAUCAGCAUAUAUAUGAGAUGCGAGUCCUAACAAAUAUUCCAAGUAGCAUUGUAAUUUUCAGGCACUUGUUCUCUCAAACGAAACAGCAAUGUAUUAGUGAAAAUAACAAAUUCAUCAGCCACUUAUGUAGACAGUACUCGUUUGAAUAAUGUUUUUAAAAAGAAAUUAGGAAGUUAAA